AAAGGUUGACUCCAAUUUCUCCUCCCUUCCUCCAUCGAAAGAGAGGGGAAGCCUGCACCGACGUCAUCACCCCCGCCGACUACAACCCCCUCCCCUCCCCUCGCCGCGGUCGCCCACCGCCGCCCCCGCGCCGCGCCAGUCGCGGAGCGAAUCGGCCGCCGGAACCCUCCGCCCUGCACCAUUCGAUGCGCCGCGCUAGGUCGAGUUACACAGAGCGAGGUUAAUUAGCAGAGGAGCCUAGCCCUAAUCCCCCAUGGCGGGGAGCUUCCGCGAGGGCGCCGGGCCAGGGGACGCUCCCCCGCCCACGCCCACCCCGUCGCUGGCGCAGUACCUCUUGCCGGACCCGCUCACCUGGGGGACCGACCCCAAGCAGCAGCACUGGCGCCACGCUGAGCUCAGGAGGGCGCUCGCCGCCGAGGACCAGACCGAUGACCUCAGGCGGAUCCGCGCCAGCGUCGCCGACUCCACGGGCAAAGCCAAGGACAAGGUCAAGUCGCUGCAGGAGGCCAUCCAGAAGCUCGACAGGUACAAGAACAUUGUCACCCGCAAGCGGCAAAGAAGCGAAUCGGGCCUCGAGAAGCUCGGGGCCGGCUCAUCCGGUGCGCUGAGGAUGGGAGCUCAGAACAACCCUACGGUCAUGAGCAAGCGCGUGCGCUCGUCGCUGGCGGAUGGCCGGGUGGAAGGGCGCAGUAUUGUUCCUACAAGACAAGGUCCUUUGGUUAGUAAUGAGAAAAGUUCACCUGUGGAGAAGGAAAAGAGCUGUGCAAGAGCAUCUGGUACAGUAUCAGGCCUUUCUGAAGACAAAUUGCGGGGCUUAUCUGGAGGUGAAGGGUGGGAGAAAAAGAUGAGGCGCAAGCGCUCUGUUGGUACUAUGCUCAACAGAGGCAAUGAUGCUGAUCGAGAUGUCAAGCUUGUGGGUCAACAUAGACCAACCAACGAAGCGCGUCCACGAUCUAGCGAUGGUCUUGCAAAUAGGCAUGGAGCUUCUGCUGGACCAUUAGCAGGUAACAAGUUGGAUAGCAGUUCUCAGCAGAAUAACAUUGUAUCCCGCAGGACAGAUGUGGACUACACCACUCAAGCAAAUGAAAGAAGGGAACGGCAUGCUGGAAUGGAAAAAGAAAGGACUAUAGUAAAAGGAAACAAGGUACAUACUUCUGAGGAUAUGCAAAAUGGAAGCUUAAGUCCCUUGCCCAAGGCUAAAGCAUGCAGGGCACCAAGAACCAGUUCACUUGUUAUGAAUUCAUCUUCUAGUUUCCAACGUUCAACUGGAGGAAGUGAUGACUGGGAAGAAACACCUUACACGAAUAAAGCCUCACCUUUGGGAGGGAUGGCAAACCGCAAACGUUCCACACAUUCAAAUGCUUCCUCACCUCCUAUUGCUUGGGUUGGCCAACGCCCACAGAAAAUCUCGCGGACAAGAAGAGCAAAUGUUGUUUCUCCAGUAUCAAAUUUUGAUGAAGUCUUAUCUGAAGGAUCACCACUUGAUACUGCUGCCAGAUCAGCACCUGUUGAGUCUGGCAAUGUCUUGCUUACAAAAAAUACACCAACAGUUACCAAAAUGGAUAACAUCUCAUCUCCCGCUGGGUUGUCAGAAAGUGAGGGAUCGGCUGCUACAGAAAGCAAGGCCAAGGAGAAAGCUACGCGUAGUGGUGAAGUGAGGAACGAGGGUGCAAAUGCAGCCCAUAAUGCAUUGGGGUUAGUAUUUUCAUCAAAUAAAAAUAGGAUUCCUUUGAAAGAAGAACUUGAAGAUGGUGGUGUUCGCCGUCAAGGGAGGAGUGGAAGGGGUACUAUGCAUGUUAAAGGGUGUUCUUCCAUAUCAAAAGAAAAAGGUGGAAGGCCUGGAACUGAAAAGAAUGACAGUAAGGUGGGUCGGCCCCCAAUGAAGAAAGGCUCUGACCACAAAGCUUCAUCCUGGCACUCGCAGGCUCUGAAUUGUGAGCCUAUGGAUGUAACAGUUGAGCCAGAAGAUGACCAUGAGGAACUUUUAGCUGCUGUAAAUGCUGCUCGCAAUGCUAUCGUUGGUGCAUAUUCUGGUCCUUUUUGGAAGAAAAUGGAACCCAUGCUAACUUUUAUAAGCUCUGAAAAUUUCUCUUUCUUGAAAAACCAGAUUAACCUUGCUGAAGAGCUUGAGAUGAGCAUGUCCUGCAUGUCGGAUGGUGAACGCAAUGUGAUAGCAUCCAGUGAUUACAGAAGGCUGCAAAAGAUGGAGGAGAAUUCAUCUCAGGUGCUGGCUCCAUCUAAUUUUUCUCUCUCAUCUGAGCAAAGCAAAACCAAUGGAGUUGUGACAAAAGGAUCUAUUGACUGUUUUUCUCCUAGUGAGGACAACCGCAGCAUUGGACAACAAAAAGUGGAAACUGAUAAAUGGUUCAAUGAAAUGGUCCCAAUGACACACAGACUCCUUUCAGCUUUAAUUAUGGAAGAUGACUUAUCUGAUUCGAAUAGUGUGCAAAGAGAUAUACUUGUUGAAUUUCCAAAUAGCCACAUUCCUUACACUGUCAGCAGAUACUUAGAAAAUGAACUUCAAGCUAGUGCAGUAACAUCGAAUUUUGGGUUGAGUGUAGAUUUCACACACUCAAACAAUAAUUCAGUACACCAGAGCCUUUGCAAUGGAUUUACAGCUUCCAGCAAUUUCAUCAUUUCAGAUAGUGAAAAUACGGGUCAUAGUGACAAUUUAUCAGAUGGAGUCAAUCUUACUGUGUACGCAGAAAGUGGCCCUUGGCAUGACUUUGUACCACAGAUUUCACGUCAAGGUCAAAAUCCAGGAAAAAGUUUCCCUUUGUCUCCAUAUGACUACCAACACGGGCAGAUGUCUGUGGAUGAUAAGAUUUUGAUUGAGCUCCAGAGCAUUGGCAUUUGUCCCGAGACAGUGCCAAAGCUAGAUGACGGAGAGGAAGGGGACAUUAAUAAAAUGAUUUCAGAGUUGAGGAAAAGGCUGCAUGAUCAGGUGACGCAAAAGAAAUGCAGGUUACAUAAGUUAGAUAAAGCAAUUCAAGAUACUAAAGAUAUCGAGGAGAGGAGCUUAGAGCAACAUGCAAUGAACAAACUGGUAGAAAGCGCAUACAGAAAACUUAAGGGUGGGCGCUCUAGUCACAAGGCUGGUGUCAGUAAGUCAGCCAAUAAAGCUGCAAAACAGCUCGCUUUGGCUUUUGGCAAGCGUACUCUUGCUCGAUGCCAGAAAUUUGAUGAAAUAGGGAAAAGCUGUUUCAGUGAGCCUUCUCUUUGGAGUGUGCUAUCUGCACCCUUGUCAAGCAGUGAUGCAAAAACCACGGAAGGUAAUACAUGUUCAACUGUUGGUGUAGAGAGGCUGAAGCAACAAAAGCUUGAUAGAACUCCAUAUGAUCAAGGUGGCACAAAAUGGAAAAAGAGUGACAGGGAAAGGGGUCACAACAGAGAUGCAUCUGCCAAGGGUUCUUGUUUAAAAUCAGGGCGUCAUUCAUCAGGCAGCGGGAGGAGUGGUGAACGUAAAAACAAGACCAAGCCAAAGCAAAAGCUGGCGCAGCUAUCAACUUCUGGAAAUGUGCUUGGUAGAGUAGUGGAGCCAUUUGCAGUACCGGCAGUGCAAGAGCCCCCUGAACCUCCUUCAAGUGCGAGAAAAACCCAACAUCCAACAAGAAAUACUUCCAGCAAUGCUGCCCAGAGAUCUACUGAUGCUGCCCUGCCGACCUUGCCUGGAUUAGAUGACAUAUUAGAUGUUCCAGGAGGGCUUGGUGGGCAGGGCAAUGAUAUCAGUUCCUGGUUUACUGAUGGCAUCGAUGACUCAUUACAAGAUAUGGAUCUUUCGGGGGCUCUAGAGAUCCCAGACGAUGACCUUACUCAGCUGGGAUUUAUAUAGGGAAAGACAAACCAAUUUGUUUAUCUUGUGCAUAUGUUGGGAUGUUGUCAUGUUUUGCUUAUUACCCGAUGGUAAAGCUAAUCGAUUAAUCUUCUCUGCCACAAAUCUGGUAGGGCGGAGGUUGUAAUUUGUAAUUAGGCUGGUCGAUUUGUCUCCUGAAUCUGUUGGCAGUUGCCAAUCAAAUUAUUGCUGAUUGGGUA